AUGGGCUCCACAAGUCCGGCAACUGUCCGUGUAGCGGUACAGACUCACGUCUCACCACAAGGAGACGGCAAUUUGCUGACCCAAGGCACAUCCAGGUCACUCAACACGAGCCCAUCUGGUUAGAUCUCGAUGCCACAGUCGAAAAGACCGUCAAGAUCGUGAAAGAAGCAGCCCAAGCAGGAGCCAAACUCGUUGCUUUCCCGGAGUGUUGGAUCCCCGGGUAUCCAGCAUGGAUCUGGAGCCGUCCCGUUGACUUCGAAUUGGGCGUGAAAUAUGUCCAGAAUUGUCUCAAGAUUGACAGUCCGCAGAUGCAGCGGAUUCAAUCCGCCGCCGCCGAGAAUCAAAUCUCUGUCGCGCUGGGCUUCUCGGAGCGGGAUGGCGAAUCCGUCUACAUUGCUCAGGCAAUGAUUAGCGAGACUGGGGAGAUCAAUAUGACCAGACGGAAGAUGAAGCCUACGCAUAUGGAACGUACCAUCUUCGGCGACGCGAGUGGACAAUGCCUGGCCAAAGUCGUCGAUGUCGUAGACGUGGGCAGAGUGGGCAGUCUUUCCUGUUGGGAGCAUAUCCAACCUUUGCUCAAGUACUAUACCUUUGCUCAAGGCGAACAAAUCCAUUGCGCAGCCUGGCCGCCUCUCGAUCCCUUCAUUGAAGGUUCUCCAGGCUUCUAUUCCAUGUCCGUCGAGGGCUGCCGGAACCAGUCUCAAUCCUACGCAAUUGAAUCGCAAAGCUUCGUUUUGCAUGCCACGACCGUCCUCACCGAUGCUGGCAUCGAGCAGAUGAAGACUGCCGGUGGGCCUAUCAUGGGUCAUGCCAUCGAGGGUAGUUCUGCGGUUAUUGGACCCGAUGGCAGGAUUCUGAGUGCGCCGAAGAAUUCGAAUGAGCAGCUUAUCAUCGCGGACUUGGACUUGAGUUUAGUCACGAAGAAUAAGACUUUUGCGGAUGCGACUGGACACUGUAAGUUGAGUUUGCUAUCGAGGCGUUCGACUUGCGUGCUGACAGCUGCUAUAGACAGUCGUCCGGAUCUUAUGUGGCUUGGCGUUGACGAUAAGCAUAAGCGCGUGGUCCGCGUGGAUGGAUAG